AUGAUCCACAGCCGCCUGCAGAAUGGCUUCCUGAUAGUCGGUUACCUUGUUUACCUCCUGCUGGGCGCACUCGUCUUCCAGGUAUUGGAGAAGGAUGCUGAACAGACACACCGUGGCGCCAUCUUCAGGAUGAAGGAGGACUUCCUGAAGAACUUCACUUCCCUCAGCCCGGCUGAGGUGAAGGUCAUUCUGGAGAAUUUGAUGGAAGCUGUUAGGACGGGGAUCUAUUCAAAAGGGAACGAGUCUCCUGAUGGACACAGCAACUGGGGUUUCAGUAACUCUUUCUUCUUCGCGGGCUCUAUGUUAGCCACAAUAGGCUAUGGAAACGUCUCCCCCAAAACAGCAGCUGGUCAGAUCUUUUGCGUCUUCUUUGCUCUCUUUGGAAUUCCCUUGAACAUUGUCUUCCUGCACCGCAUUGGCAAAAUCCUCUCAACACUUUGUGAAAGGUUUGCAAAGUGGCUAUACCAGAAGGGAAUGAAGAAGAAAACCACACGAUGCUUGACUCUUUUGUUCUUCCUGCUUAUGGGAAUACUCGUGUUCCUGUGUGUGCCAUCCUUCAUCUUUCAAGAGAUAGAGGGCUGGACUUACAGUGAAGCCAUUUAUUUUGCAUUUAUUACCCUCAGCACCAUUGGCUUCGGAGAUUACGUAACAGGAAGACAACAUGAUAAGAACUAUUUUCCAGGGUACAGGAUUUUGGUAGCAAUUUGGAUUAUCUUCGGACUCGCUUGGAUAGCCCUGCUGUUUAAUCUACUGACCGCAUUACUGGAAGAGCCAGAAGAAAAACCCAUAGAAGAGUACCUACAGGUCAAAAGAGUUACAAGAAAGAAGAAAAAGCAAAAUCCAGAAGGGGAUCCGCCUUCUACAUUUCCCCUGGAAAAUGAUUUAUCUUUACACCCAAAGGAAGAUGAACAGAAAAAUCAGUUAUAACAGCAAGGGGACUGUUUUUUGCAAUUAUAUGUCAUGGCAAUAUUCUACUGGCUUCCUGAAAACUGGCCAGUGAUCUUUCUGUU